UUGAUUAGCAGCCGUUCAGAGGAAACAGAAACCGAUGAGCUGCUGAGUGAACUUUCAUGGGAUGUUUGACGGAUUUUAAAGCGAUUUGUUCAGAGGUGAACGACUCGUUUGUUCGUGUUUUUAACGUCCCGGUAAACCUGACGAGAUCAAGUUAAACCGAUCAGAGUACAGCUCAGGAGCAGUGAUGGCCUGCGCUCGGGUUCCCCUGGACGAGCAGCAGGUGACGGAGCGUGGAGCUCAGGGGAAGGAGCGCACUCUGCCGGCGCUGCACCCGGACAGGAAGGAGGAGCGCUGCUUCGUGCCUUACAGACCUCCUGCAGGAGGCUCUCCUGCAGAGGUGGAGGAGUUCCUGGAGCUCGCCAGGUUCAUCGUGGAGGAACUGGAGUGGCUGCUGGCGCUGCCCCACGACAGGUUCUGGUGUCAGGUGGUGUUUGACGAGUCCCUGCAGAGGUGCCUGGACUCGUACCUUCGUCACGCCCCUCGAGGCCUGGACCUGGCCGCGCUGCCCGCCUCGCCGGCCGUGGCCGACGUGCAGCGCGCCCUCCACAGGGCGGUCUUCCUCACCUUCCUCCGGAUGGCCACGCACAAAGAGUCUAAGGAGAACUUCUUCACUCCCGCUGUGUUCGGAGAGAUUAUCUACGACAACUUCCUGUUUGACAUUCCCAAACUCCUGGAUCUGUGCGUCCUCUUCGGGAAAGGCAACAACCAGCUGCUGCAUAAAAUGAUCGAAAAUAUUUUUACUCAGCAGCCGGCCUACUUCAGCGACCUGAACGAGACGAUCCCGACCGUGCUGCAGGUGUUUGACGCGAUCCUGGAGAAGUGCGGUCUGCUUUGUGAAGGAGCUGCAGCUACAGAGCCCAUGAAGUUAAACGCCCACAAACAGGCCUCUGCCAUGACCAUGAGUCAGCAGGAACUUGUGGAUAUUAUUUUGUACCUGUGUGACUCGACCACCACUGUCCACGCCUUCCUGGACAUUUUCCCCGCCGCGUGCUCCAGUUUCCAGUCCCUCGGCUUCCUCAGCAGGCUGACCUCGUUCUAUGAGGCUGCGGUCCCUGAGCUGCAGAAGGCCGUGAGGAAGAGGAACUUUGACGAUGAAAGCCUGCAGGAGGACCUGUGGAAACGGCUGAGUCACUGCUGCCGUAAGAUGGUAGAGACGGCUCACCUGCUGCUGCACCACACCUGCCUGCAGCCCAUCCUGGACAGCGAAGAAAACUCUCAAACGUUCGCAGAUGAACUCCUGCAACAUUUUACGUCUUUUUUGCCUGAGAAAAGGUUUGUGGUGGACUACGAUGAGCAGUUUCCCAUCGCAGACGACAUCAGCCUCCUGCAGCAAGCCCUGCCGCUCGUCGAUGAAACCAGGACGUCUUAUUUGCUUCAGGGGGUUGAGGGUGCCUGGGACAGCUUGGGCCGACAGAAACCACAGAGCCUCCUCCAGAAUAACCGCUCCUCCUCCUCCUCACCUCUGUCAGCCAAUCAGGGAGCGGCGAGCGGCUUCGAGCCUCAGGAGGUCAAGGAGCCCAAAGGAGGGCGGAGCCUGAAAGGAGCAGAGGCCGCGGUGGACGUUGCUCAGAGAGGAAACAACGGAGCCGUGUGUUCUGUGAGCGGCCCGGAGCUGGAGUCCCUCUUGUCCUGCAUCAGGGACCUACUUCCUGAUUUGGGCGAAGGCUUCCUGUUGGCAUGCCUGCAGGAGUACGACUACAACUCUGAGCUCGUCAUCAACAACAUCCUGGAGGAUCGGUUAGCCCCCAACCUGGAAAAACUGGACCGAUCCAUGCCCAGGUUGCCCAAGGAGGAGCUUCCAGUCGUCCUGGACAGCCGAUCCAACGUCUUCGAUGACGACGAGUUUGACGUCUUCCGCAGGGACCAGGUGGACAUGUCUCGCAUCUGGAAGGGCAGGAGGAAAGGAGAGAGCACCCGGGACAUGCUGAACGACAAGAAGCACGUGGCCGAGCAGCGAGCUCGUUAUCAGGCCUACGAGACCGUGGUGGACGAGGUCGUCAUGGAGCCCGGGCAGUCCGCCGCCGACUACGACCUGGACGACUACGACGACGACUACGACGACACCUACGACGUGAACCAGGUGGGGGCCAACGAUCUGGAUGGAGACAGUCUGCUGAGCAGAAGGCCUUUCACCAUCCCGCAGGUGCUGAGGAAAGGAACCAAAGCAGAAGAGGAGGCGGAGAGUGAAGAAGACGAAGAGGAAGAGGUUUUACCGAACGUCAACAGAGACCAGUUCGUUCAGGACCCAGCUCUGCUGAGGGAACGGGCCGAAGCCAGGAGAGCCGCCAUGCAGCAGAGGAAAGGCGUUCGACCCGGGCGGUCCAGCGACGUGGUGGGACGACCCAAAGGCCAGGGACAAACCUCAGAGACGGCGGCGGACAGACGCAAGAAGGAGUCCAACAAGAGCCGCGUGGCCAAUCACAACCGGCGCUCCAUGGCCGACCGCAAGAGGAACAAAGGCAUGAUCCCGUCCUGACGGCCCGGCAGGAGGGUCCGAUCAGAACAAACUAAUGAUUUUCUUUAAGUAGCUGAUUAAAGAGCAGGAGUCAAAAACUGACCACAAAAAAAAGACUUUUUAUUUUUAUGAUUGUUAAAUUUGUUUCACGUCAGGGGAAAAGAAGGAAGUGACGUCCUGCAGCUUCCUGUUCAAACCGAACAGAACCUUUAGGAACGACUCAGAACACAAACUGUUUUCUACAAAAAAAAAAAACAACUUUCAGAGCUUUUUCUAACUGAUCGUUUUUGGAGAUUAAACAGCAGAAACAUCCUAAAAUAAAAAAUUUAACGUUUUCAGUCACAA